GGCUGCAUUGUCUUAUGUGUCCAGGCUGCUGCAGGCUGACAUCUUGUCGGGACAGCUGCCUUGAAGAUGAGUUCCAGAGUGUCAGGUGAUCUGGAGAAAGAGGAGGAGGAAGAUGAGGAGGAUGAAGAAGAAGAAGAAGAGGAAGAAGGAAGUGUCAACCCGACAGAGGUGAAAAUGAGUCAGAUAGUGAUGCCCUGUCACAGCAACCACCGCCAGGAGCUGAGUGUGGGACAGCUGCUCAAAUGGAUCGACUCCAGCGCCUGCCUCUCUGGUGUGUGUUGUGUGUGUGUGUGUGUGUGUGUGUGUGUGUUAGCUGACAACACUGCAGUAGGUAAUGCGGUGGCAGCAGAUAAGACCAAAGUGGAGAGUGUUGAGCUGGUCCUACCCCCCCAUGCUAACCAUCAGGUGAAUACAUUUGGAGGACAGAUCAUGGCCUGGAUGGUCAAUGUAGCUACAAUUGCUGCCAGCCGUCUGUGUCAGGCUCACCCGACUCUGCGCACCAUCGACAUGUUCACCUUCAGAGGACCCUCUCAGGUGGGAGACAGGCUGCUCCUGAGGGCCAUCGUCAACAACGCCUUCAAAAACAGCAUGGAGGUGGGGGUGCGAGCAGAAGCCUACCAUGAGGCGGGGCCCAACCGACACAUUAACUCUGCCUUCAUGACCUUCGAGGUGCUCGACGACCACAGGAAGCUCUGUACGUUACCACGGAUACGACCCGAACCCCUGGAAGGGGAGAGGAGGUUUCAAGAAGCCAUAGCCAGGAAGAAGAUCAGACUGGACAGAAAGUACAUCAUUUCCCAGAAGCAGGGCGAGGCCCCUCUGUCUGUGCCCUGGGACCCCAGAAACCAGGUGUAUCUGAGCUAUAACAAUGUUUCCGCUCUGAAGAUGUUGGCUGCUAGAAAAAACUGGCGCCUCAGCUCUGAGAAAGACAAGGUCCGUCUGUUCACCCUGGAGCAUAAGUCCAGGCUGAGUUUCAGGGUGGAGUCAGAGGUGGAUGUUCCUGCUCACAGAGCCUUCAGGCUGCUGGCAGAGCUGAGCGACCGGCCCAGCUGGGACCCACAUUAUCAGUACGCACGCACUUACACACACUCACCAGAGUCAGAGAGGCACUGGAACACACACACACACAAGCUUCCACAUUUCUAAAAAAUGUUCUGCAGUAUUCCAAAAUGUAAUUGAAAAUUCCCGUUGCUUUUAGUUGAGGGAGCCUUUGUGAUGCUAACUUCUGGAUCAGCCCACAAAAUCUGUCAUCACUGCACCACUAUCUAUAUAAAGGUCUGGGUUUAUAAGUAGUGUACAUAUGGCUAACACAUUUUUGCACAAAAAGAUCCUCAGACGUUUAAUGUGAUGAAUCCUCACAGUGUACUUUGGUUUGAUUGUAUAAUCAGUGCAGAACGGAUGAACAUAACAUCAUACAUUUAUUGAGCCAUGUUUGUUGUAUUAGUCUGGACUUUCAUUUCUGGAAAGCAGCUAUAAAAGUGUUUCCAAAUAGAAAGACAGGUCACACUUCAUGUGGAUAGUCCAAUAAUAAAAUCUUUGAAAUGU